CUGUGUGACGUCACGGAGCAGGGGGUUCCAGGCUCUGCUGGUUAGGCGGCUGGGGAUGUUGAUGCUGCCGCAUUCCCCGCACUGGAGAAGCGGGAGGAUGUCAGUCCGGCGGCCGGGGAUGUUCAGCUCUGCGCAGUGACCAAGGAGCCGGGAAUGGCUGAAUCUCCAGCGGCUGCACGGACGCCGAGCCCGGGCAGUGGAAGCAGCGGAGCGGGGACUGGGAGCAGUGCGGCACCCAAGGAGCGGGAGUCGUUGUCUCUGGACGAGAUCUUGGAUUUAUAUAACCAGCCCAUCAAUGAGGAGCAGGCAUGGGCAGUGUGCUACCAGUGCUGUGCGGCGCUGCCUGCGGGGGGCACCAAGAUAAAGGGAGCCUCGGAGAUCCGCAUCCGAAGGGAUGGAGCGGUCACAGUCACCCACAGCUCCGGGCCAGAUGGUUCAAGUGAUGCAAGAUGUACAGAGACAGAGGUUAUUGUAUCGCUUGGAAUUAUAAUCUACAAAGCACUUGACUAUGGCUUGAAAGACAAUGAGGAGAGGGAGCUUAGUCCUCCUCUGGAACAGCUCAUAGAUAACAUGACUAAUGUGGAUGAACCUGAUGGCAGUAACGAUGAAGGAUAUGAUGCUUUGGAUGAAGAAGAAGAUGCCUGUGAAAAGAAGACACCAGCAUUUCGACAUUCCUACAAGAACGUAAUGAAGGUGUGUGCCUCCCAUCUGCCAGCUCCAUCCGAAGCCCCCAAUCACUACCAGGCAGUAUGCCGGGCACUGUAUGCAGAAACCAUGGAGUUGCACAUGUUCCUGUCAAAAAUUAAAAGUGCUAAAGAGAGUUUAAAGAAGAUUCAAGAGCUGGAAAAAGACUCCAGGACUGACCUUGAUGAUUUGCAAAAUUCAGAUUGGGCCAGGUUUUGGGUCCAGGUAAUGCGUGACCUCCGAAAUGGAGUCAAACUGAAGAAAGUACAAGAGCGUCAGUACAACAUGUUGCCUAUUGAGUACCAGCUGACUCCAUAUGAGAUGCUCAUGGAUGACAUCCGAUUCAAGCGUUACACCUUGAGGAAGGUGAUGGUUCAGGGUGACAUCCCUCCACGAUUAAAGAAGAGUGCUCAUGAAAUAAUCCUGGAUUUUAUACGGUCCAGACCUCCAUUAAAUCCUGUAUCUGCACGGAAACUGAAACCUACCCCACCUCGUCCGCAAAGUCUGCAUGAGCGGAUACUGGAGGGGAUUAAAUCCGAAAGGAAGCUUCGCCCCGUGUCUCCAGAUGAAAUUAGGCAUAGCCGGCUAAAUGUUUCAACUCCAGAAGUUUUAAGGAGGCAGUCGAACCGCACAGUGUUAAAUGGAGAUGUAGUGGAGCGAUCCAGAGUGGACGGAAGACCCAUGCAAAUGCAGCGUAAGAGGCUGUUAAAAGCCCCGACCCUUGCAGAGUUGGACAGCUCAGAAUCAGAGGAGGAUACGCUGCAGAAGUCCUCAAGCAGCAGUAGUGUGUCCAACUCCCAGCCUGAAGAUGUAUCUCCAGGAACUGCUGCUGGGAGGAAAACACCUCCAAGGUUUUUACCGAUCUCCUCUACACCUCAGCCUGAGAGACGGCAAACUCCACAGAGGCGCCACUCUAUAGAGAAGGAGACACCUACCAAUGUGCGGCAUUUUCUUCCGCCAACCCGACAAAGCUCCAGAUCUUUGGUUCCUAGGAUAACCAGUUUCUUUCCAAGGAUGGCUUUGCGACCAUUUUCCAGCAUACACACAGCUUCUUUGUUGGGGUCUCAUCCUUUUGAAGCAGCCAUUUUUGGGGCGGCAGGGGCUAUGUUUUAUCUGUUUGAGAAAGCUUAUGCCAGCAGGUGGAGAGCACCCCAGGAGGAGUUUUGUUACCCUGUAGAAUGUCUGGCUCUUACUGUAGAGGAGGUGAUGCACAUACGUCAAGUCCUGGUGAAGGCCGAGCUGGAGAAGUAUCAGCAGUAUAAAGAUGUCUACAGUGCGCUGAAGAAAGGAAAGCUUUGUUUAUGUUGCCGAACAAAGAGGUUUUCCCUAUUUACGUGGUCGUACACUUGUCAGUUUUGUAAACGACCGGUGUGUUCUCAGUGUUGCAAAAAGAUGAGAUUACCUUCCAAGCCAUACUCUACCCUCCCAAUCUUCUCCUUGGGACCUUCUGCCUUGCAGAGAGGGGACAGCUUCCUGAGGCCUGAAAAGCCUUCCACCAGUCAUCACCGCCCUCUGCGUUCUUUACCCAAGUUGACCUCCAAGUCAAAGUCUGUUGACAAAUCAGAUGAUGAACUUCAGUUUCCAAAAGAGCUUAUGGAGGACUGGAGCACCAUGGAAGUGUGCGUGGACUGCAAAAAGUUUAUCUCGGAUAUCAUUAGCUCUAGCCGCCGCAGCUUGACACUUGCUAACAAGAGGGCUCGCUUAAAACGGAAGACGCAGUCCCUUUACUUGUCGUCUACUUCCGGGACUUCAGAAUUCCGCCCCACGGAGAGAACAAUAAAUGAGAUUUGACUCUUGUGCCUUUUAAUCAGAUUUUACUUUGAUUUGCUUUUACGUUUAUGAAUGAUCAGGUCGUUCUUUUUGUUUCGUUUUUUUGUUGUAAGUGGCUUGAGUAAGCGUGGAUUCUGCAGAAUAGCACACAACCCUUCUGCAUCAACAAACCUGAUGCAGCCUUUUGUUUGCACUGGAUAAAAAGCAACAAUUGCCUUUAUAUUAAUCUGUUCGUUUGUAGUUAAACAUUGUUGCAUGGACUCUGCUGGAGAUCAGAAUCUUCUGCCUGCAAGAGAAGCCCCGCGAGGGUAAAGCUAGAACUGUUACCUCAUAGAAGCUAGUACAUAUCCCAAUGUAUUUUUGUUUCUGAUCUCCAUUGCGUCUGCAUUCGUGUUUGUAUCUUUCAAAUCAUGAUAUGAUUUAGCUGUCGCCAAAAUGACAAUGAACGAUGUCUUCACGCGGAAGAACUACUCCAGAAGAGUAGGAUCUGUGCUGAGAUGUUGGAGCUUCAGGUAUUUUCAUGUUUAAGGAGAUAGGGUACUAGUAACUUUAGCAAUUUUCUCUGUUAGUAACUAGCUGGAGAACCACAGCACUUUUAUUUCUUCCUCAGUGCCAAAUGAAGUCUUCCCAAACCAAAUGUCCUUCUGCCCCUUCAUAUGUUAAAGGAGGUAUUUAGAAAAGUGGUAGUUUAAAAAAAUAAAUAAAAAAAUAAUAAUUGUAAAAACCAUUUCAACCCAUCCGACACUUCCAGGGGCAGACUGGCCAUAUACCCUACAGGGAAAUUUCCCAGUGGGCCAAUGCCCAGGGGGCUGCACCCUUCUCAUGGUUGCUGGCUAAGUACAUAAUGGUCUGAUGCUCACAGCAUUAAUAAAUGCUAAGAGCAUCAGGUACCUAUGCACCAAGCCAGGAGUCUUACUGAAUUCAACUGUGUCACCAUCCUCAGCAUGGUGAUACGGCAGUAUUUUAUGCCGCACUGUGGUAUUUGGUUUUUCUGGGGCAGUAUUUUCUUCUACGCUAUGGUUUUGCUGGCCUGCUUACUUGUGUCUUGUGUAGUCCUGUCAAUUUGGACUUGUCUACGACUUGGGGCCACUUUAAGUCAGCCCCUGGGUGCUUCCCUGGUACCUUUCAGCUUUUACUUCCUGGUGGCUCUCAACAUGUCAGAAAUACCUGCUCUACAACCAUCAACCAGAGCGGUGAGCAGCCUUCGCCAAUAAUUGGACGAGCAGGUAUUUCCUGUAUCUCCUUAGGCACCAAGACGUGGGGAACCAGAGAGGCGUAUGAAUGGCAGUGUCAGGUGGAUCAGUGACGAUUUUGCAUUAUUAUUAUUUUUUUAAUAUAUAUAUAUAUAUAUAUAUAUAUAUAUAUAUAUAUACUUUUAUACUAUUCUGAGGCUUUUGUGAAUAAUUUGCAUUGCCCAGACAGUCCCUUAAAAGCUGCCAGAUCUUCACGCCAGUUUUUUCUCCUGUUGACUUAGUGGACACACAGAUUAUCAUGGAGAAAUGACUUGAAAUGGGGAUCUGUUGCCUAGCUUAUACUGAGUAGUAUACAGACACAUUCUAGCAAUAUGGUGGCAUGUAUUAUACUUGUAUUGGUACAAAGACAGUACUGGACCGGACUAGCUGCCAAAUGGCUAAUCACUUUUAUAUUUCUUAUUUUUCCUUAACGGGGUUGAAAAAAUUUGUAUAUAUAGUAAUUAACUUUCCUAAUUGGUAUUUGUAAUGUGUUGGUAUUUACCAGAGAUGAGUCGGGUUUGGGUUUACUGUAGCAAUAGUACAGAUAUCUACUCGUCUUGUCUGUUACUGUAGAUAAGGGUGGUCACCGUGCAACUCUUACCUAGUUGUAAAUACUGAGCUGUACUGGUGCAGGGAAGAGUUACAGGUUCAUACCCCCGAGUGGCGUUAGUUACUAUUAGGGUCUCGUUCACAAAACCGAAAAUCCUAUUUGUAAAUACUUGUAGUAUAUUUAUUAAUAACUGGGGUGUGUUCUUACUACCGACAGGAAGAUCUGACACUAGAGGAGAGGUAUAUUUAUAUGUACAUUGACUGUAAUGUCCAUUUUAGUAAGCUGUUAGUCAUUCUAGGAUUUUCUGUAUUGAAGACCGUGAAUUAUAGCUCAUUUUAUUUAAGACUUUUAUUUUCUAGCUAUAGAAUCCAUGUGUGCACCAUGCAGUGUGCAAUGUAAACAUAUGUGACCAGUGCUUUAUUUUUCUUCAUUUUUGACGUCCUUUUAGCUGGCCUGCAGUACUUUGCUCCUAGUAGCCUGCAAAGUACACGUUCCAUUUGACAAUUCCUUUGGCACUGCAGCAAGGCCCAAACCAGCUAAAGUGCCAAAGGUUGCCCGCCCUUGCCAUGUGGUGACUCCAACCUACAUUGAUUGUAGCUGUUCUGAACAAUCCCAUGAUGGAUCUGUCCCCUGUUACCUCCCUGUACAUCCCUGCACAGCGGCAGCUGCAGCGCUUCUGUGAAAACAAUAAAAAUGCCCUGAAAUCCUGCCUGUGUAUAUGUCUUCAGUUGGAAAUUGGAUUUGUAAUAAAAUGAUGU